AGAGAGGGCGCCACUUGCCAAUAGCAUAGGGAAUUUUGCUACAUGAAAAUUCCGGACGUUCAGACGCUUGGAGUGGGGGAACUCGGUUCCCAAACUUCGUGGCGUUUAUUUUGCAUCAGUCGUUCAGGUUUUUCCGUAGACAGCAGACGUUUCUUACAUCGCCAUGGCGGGAUCCAUUGAGAUUCCACUUCGCGAUACGGAUGAGGUGAUUGAAUUGUGCCUGGAUCAAUUACCUGAGGGAGAUGAGGUCCUUGGCAUUCUCCGGCAGGAACAUGCCCAACUCAGCAUUUGGGUUAAUCUGGCUCUGGAGUACUACAAGCAGCAUAAAAUCGAGGAUUUCAUCAAGAUCCUGGAGUCUUCCAGAACCGAGGCCCAUAGCGAGUACCGUGAUGUCGAAAAGGACCAGAUGCGAGCUCUGGACAUGUUGGCAGCCUACUACGUCCAGGAGGCAAACCGCGAAAAGAAUAAGGAUAAAAAACGUGACUUAUUCACGAAAGCAACGCUCUUGUACACCACUGCCGAUAAGAUUAUCAUGUACGAUCAGAAUCACUUGCUGGGACGUGCAUACUUCUGCUUACUGGAGGGUGAUAAAAUGGAACAGGCUGAUGCUCAAUUCAAUUUCGUACUCAACCAAUCCCCAAACAACAUUCCCUCCUUGCUGGGUAAAGCCUGCAUUGCCUUCAACAAAAAAGAUUACCGAGGAGCCCUUGCAUUCUACAAAAAAGCUUUGCGAACGAAUCCAAACUGUCCAGCAGCUGUGAGACUGGGGAUGGGCCACUGCUUUAUGAAGUUGAACAAUCAGGAUAAAGCAAAAUUAGCUUUCGAAAGGGCUCUCCAAUUGGAUGGCCAGUGUGUGGGUGCCUUGGUGGGUCUGUCAGUCCUUAAACUCAACCAACAGCAGCCAGAGAGCAUAAGAACAGGAGUCCAGAUGCUCUCCAAAGCCUACACCAUCGACUCCACCAACCCCAUGGUUCUCAAUCACCUGGCUAACCACUUCUUCUUUAAAAAGGACUAUUCCAAAGUUCAGCACUUGGCCCUACACGCCUUCCACAAUACUGAGAACGAAGCCAUGAGAGCUGAAAGUUGUUAUCAACUAGCCAGAGCUUUCCACGUUCAAGGUGAUUAUGACCAAGCCUUUCAGUAUUACUACCAGGCAACGCAGUUUGCUCCAGCAGCCUUCGUCCUUCCGCACUUCGGUUUAGGACAGAUGUACGUUUACAGAGGUGACUCCGAGAACGCAGCCCAGUGUUUUGAAAAAGUUCUCAAAGCUCAGCCUGGAAAUUACGAAACAAUGAAGAUUCUGGGCUCACUCUAUGCCAAUUCUUCUUCACAAUCGAAGAGAGACAUCGCCAAGAAUCACCUUCGCAAAGUCACCGAGCAGUUUCCAGACGACGUGGAAGCCUGGAUAGAGCUGGCACAGAUCCUGGAACAGAGUGACUUGACAGCAGCUUUAAAUGCCUAUGGAACAGCCACAAGGAUUCUCAAAGAGAAAGUUGAAGCUGAAAUUCCAGCAGAAAUACUCAACAACGUUGGAGCACUUCAUUAUCGUCUGGGGAACCUCGAGGAAGCUCGAAAAAAUCUGGAGGAUUCUCUGGCUCGAUCGAAAUUUGAUGCACAGGAUGACCCAACUUACUACAACUCAAUUGCAGUGACAACGACGUACAAUCUAGCUCGACUGAACGAAGCUCUCUGCGUCUUCGAUCGUGCUGAGAAGCUGUAUAAAGACAUUCUCAAGGAGCAUCCCAAUUACAUGGAUUGUUACUUGAGACUGGGCUGCAUGGCUAGGGACAAGGGACAGAUCUAUGAAGCCUCUGAUUGGUUCAAGGAUGCCCUCAGAAUCAACAGCGAGCAUCCAGAUGCUUGGUCAUUACUUGGUAAUCUUCACUUAGCUAAGAUGGAAUGGGGUCCGGGUCAGAGGAAAUUCGAGAGAAUCCUCAAUAAUCCUUCAACAAGUACUGAUGCUUACUCGCUCAUUGCACUGGGAAAUAUCUGGUUGCAAACCCUUCACCAGAGCGGCAAGGAUAAGGAGAAGGAGAAGAGACAUCAGGAUCGAGCUCUCGCGAUGUACAAGCAGGUCUUGCGAAAUGAUCCGAAGAAUAUCUGGGCAGCCAACGGAAUUGGAGCUGUAUUGGCUCAUAAAGGGGCGGUCAAUGAAGCUCGGGAUAUAUUUGCACAAGUUAGAGAGGCGACUGCAGAGUUCUGCGAUGUUUGGUUAAAUAUUGCACACAUUUACGUCGAGCAGAAGCAAUUUGUCAGUGCUAUACAGAUGUAUGAAAAUUGUCUUCGUAAAUUUUAUAAGUAUCAUCAUGUGGAAGUGCUGCAGUACCUCGCCCGAGCGUAUUUCAAAGCUGGCAAAUUAAAGGAGGCUAAGAUGACCCUGCUUAAGGCUAGAAGAGUUGCCCCACAGGAUACGAUACUUUUGUUUAAUAUUGCUCUUGUACUUCAACGACUGGCCACGCAGAUUCUCAAGGAUGAGAAGUCAACGCUAACGACUGUUCUUCAGGCCGUGCACGAGCUGGGUUUGUCGCACAAGUACUUCCAAUAUUUGACUACUAAUGGAGAUAGAAUGGCUCAGUUGGCGGAAACAGAGGCGAGAAGGUGCCAGGAUCUUCUGUCACAGGCGCAGUAUCAUGUUGCUAGGGCUAGGCGUCUGGAUGAAGAGGAGAAGAUGCUCAGACGAAAGCAGGAGGAGGAGAGGCAGGCGUUCAAGUUACGCCAGUCUGAGCAGCAGAAGCAAAUGGAGGAGUUGCGCAAGCAGACCCAGGAGGCAAUGUUACAAAAGAGACAGGAGUUCGUUGAGAAGACGAAGAAUGCACUGGUAUUCGGAGAUAUGCCUAGUGAGAAAUCUGGCAAGAAAGGUAGAAAGGGCAGGUCUGAGCAGUACGUCAGUGAUUCUGGGGGCUCUGGGGCUGAUGAACGGAGGGACGAUGCUCCGAGGGAGGGAAAGAGGAAGAGGAAGGCGAGUAGAGAAGGCAAGGAGAAGAAGAGAGGCAAGGCUCGCAAGAGGAAUGACGAGAGUGGAGGCUCUGAGAGUGACAGACCCAAAGCCAAGAGAGGACGGAAAGCCGGACCUGGGAGGAGAUACAGAAAAUCUGGCGCUGCCCCUGAGGUCACUCGUCAUAAUCCCAAAUUUUUGUCGAAGGAAACUAUUUCUACUAGCGAGUCUGACAGCGAUACUGAACUCAAGAUUGCCAGUGGGGACGAAGCGGGGACUAGCAGGAAAGGACAAGGCACCAAGAGGAUUCUCUCGGAUUCUGAGGGUUCGAGGGCUUCUCGUUCAAAAUCUCGGUCUCGUUCACGUUCAGGAUCGCGUUCACGUUCACGUUCCAAGUCUGGAAGUAGAUCCAGGAGCAAUUCUCGCUCACGAUCACGAUCUGGAUCCCGUAGGAGCCGAUCCAAAUCACGAUCAGUGUCGAGGUCCAGAUCAAGAAGUGGAUCCAGAUCGAAAUCUCGGUCCAGAUCGAGAUCAGGUUCACGGAAGAGUGGCUCGAGGUCACGCUCACGCUCGAAAUCUGGGUCGAGACAUUCAUCGAGAUCGCGGAGUCGCUCGCGAAGUGGCUCACGAUCAAAGUCCCGAUCUAGAUCUCCAUCUGGUUCUCGGAAAAGUGGAUCAAGAUCACGGUCGAGGUCUAGGUCUCGAUCUGGAUCCAGGAAGAGCGGUUCAAGAUCACGGUCUAGGUCUAGAUCGGCAAGUGGCUCGCGAAAAAGUGGUUCACGAUCAAGGUCGCGAUCAAAGUCGAGGUCAAAAUCCAGAUCUCGCAGUGCUUCCCACUCGGGCUCCGAGAGAAAUAGUCGGUCGAGGUCAGCCUCCCCAACAAAGUCCGAUUAAAAAUCAAGAAAAGUAUAUUUACUUUGGACUUUUAUUUUUAAAAAGAAAAGAAAACACACACCAUGUUAUAUCGACUCUUCACUUAUUUCUUCUGGAAAUUUUUACUAGAUUUAUGAAUUUAUUAUGAGUUUAUUUUAUAAGUAAUGUAACAAAGUGUAUAAAGAAAGACUGGUAGACCAUGAAACAUUUUUUUUCUAAAUUACAUGUUCGUAUUUUUUUUUUGUUUGAGCAAUAAAAAUUAUGAAUGAGUCAGUGUUGAUAAGUUAACAUUAUCUUGCCUCAAUUGUUCCAAUGUAAUAUUUAAUUCUCCUUGUUUGACUCAAUUUAUUUUCAUUAGAAAAAAAAAUGAAAAUAAUCUAUCAGAAAAUAUAUUACAGACUUUGUGUAAUCUAUGUAAAGUAAUUCUAACAGUUCUGAAUAAACGAUUGAAAG